AUGACUGUCAAACUAUCUUCAGACUUCAUCGAGGCUCUCGCGCUCCUGCCCCGCGAGGUAACGUUAGCGGUUAACGACGACGUCCUCAAAAGCGCUUCGCUCGGCCCGCGCAACACAAUCAAAAUCGUCGCAGCCAUGUGGACGGUCGGCUGGUUCGUCUUCGGUCUCAUCAGUAUCAUCUGCCUCAACGGACGUAGCAAAGCCGGGCGGUGGGUGCCGGAUUGGUAUCGCGACCACCACAGCAAGGGAUGGGCCAGGCUGGGUGUGUUGGCAUGGUGGAUCUGCGUUUUUCUGUUCUGGCCCAUCAUCUGGGUGUAUGUUCUCUUUGGUGUCACGGGGAGAGCUAUUAAGAAGCGCUUUACGAAGUGGAGAGAGUCGAAGAAGGAGAAGCAGAUGGCUGAUGUUAUUGUUUGA